UUGAAAAAAAAGCAACGACCGACAGGCGCACUGAGGAAACAAAACACUACUGAAUUAUUUGCUUUAAAAAUAAAUUUUUUUAUGUCAUUUCUCAUGGUACUUUUGGUGCGUAUGCUAGUCGAAAGCGUAAAAAUCAACUUGUUUAAGCAGAUCUAUUUUUAUAUCAAUGAAUGUUGCAUGCUCAUGCUUUAAAACGCUCAAUCUGCAAAAUUAACUCAAAACUUACUGAAGUUCGAACUAAAGUGUCAGACUUAUCAUCUUUUCGAUGUUAUCUUUAACUUCAUUUACUUAUUUACCAUAUUCAUAACGACCAAAUUGGAUCAGAAAAAACAGCUCUUCUGCAAAUAAUGUCAAGUUUGGAUGAAUUAUACGGCGAAAGCCUGGGCGAAGAACUCAGGAGGAGAAAGUUCUUCAUCAAGAAGAAGGAUGGCUCACUUCAAAUUCUUCCACUGGGACUCUAUCCUGUCUCAAUUCGACAAAAGAAAUACGCACAAAUUAAAUCCAUGGAAUUGAAUGUAGUGGACCAGUUGAUGUUCAAACUCGCAACCCACGAAUUAAUUCUGGCUGAAGUACUUGAAAAAACUGUGCAAUCAGACAGCUUUAUCAAAAGACUGCUAGAUAUCCACACCAAGUCGCUAGCUUCUAGAAUGUUCGAGAAGAAACUAUACUUUUCAAUAAUCAGAAGUGACUACUUCGUGGACAAAGAUAGCCAAGAUUGGAAGCUAGUUGAAAUCAACACGAUAGCUAUCGCCAUGGCCUUGUAUGCCGAUGUCCUUGAACAGCUCCAUCGGGAGAAGCGAGCAUUCAGAAACGAAAUUUCAAACAGGAGUCAAAAACUGGUCGAUUGCAUUUCAAUCAUACAUCAAAGAUUUCUAACAGAUGCCAGGUUAUCAGAAAAAUCCAACGACCAAAUUCAGACCCCUGAAAAGUCUCAUUGGCUUUUCUACAAUCACCUGGGGGAAAAAUCUGACUUGGCGAAAAUUUUCGACUCAAAUUCGGGGUCAAAUGGGUUCGUUAAUGACUCAAAGGUAAGAGUGUCCAGACCGGGAGUACUAGUGAUUGCAGAUACACAAGAGGUGCAACCAAUGGAAAUUGUGUAUCGUCUAUCUCAAACAGGUAUGUUCCCAGUGGUAGUUUCUUCUCUCGAGGAUAUUUCCCACUCCGAGUUCCGACUAACAGAAGAGGGCCGACUGCACUUGACGACUCGAGACAAGUCUUUCUCCGAUCUCAUAUCUUGUGUCUACUUCCGACUGGGCUACAGUCCCGACCAUUACGUCAAUGAACGGUGCUGGGAGUUUGUGGAGAUGGCAGAGUUGAGUCUGGCAGUUCUGGUUCCCUCUGUUGGACUGCACUUAGCUGGCACUAAGAGGGUGCAGUGUGCCCUCUACGAGAACAACUUCCAACUGUUACAUCAGCUCAUGGGAGAAUCAUCGGAUGUUGAGGCGUUCAGGUCCACUUUCGUCGACCAAUUUGUGCUUGAUGAAGAGAACGUGAAGAAAGUGUUAGCAGCUCCUGAGAGAUACGUGAUCAAACCACAGAGGGAAGGGGGAGGAAACAAUCUGUUCGGAGACGAAAUUGUCCAACAAUUUGCAAAUAAACCUAACAGAUCUGACCUCAGCACUUACGUAGCCAUGGAAUUAAUCACACCAGCCAUCAUUACAAACUACGCUGGAAGAGCCAGCGACGGAUCCAUCCUCGUCAUGCCAGAGGCAGCCGCAGAAGUGGGAAUUUGCUCAAUAUUUCUUUUUGACCCGAUGGCACGCGAGUGUGACAGGGUAAUUAGGCAAGAAAUCAGUGGAUUCGGAUGCAAGGUGAAACAUGCUUGUUCAAAUGAGGGAGGAAUUUCUUCAGAUUGUGGUUUCGCAUCAAUAACCGAGUGCAUAGACUAAAUUCCUGUUACUUUUUGCACUAAAUGUAUAACUAGUAAAUACUUCUCCAAUAAAGUGUUCAAUAUAAUAAGUUUAACUGUUGCUACAAGCUGGUAAUGAUGCUUCGUAUUGAAGGUAAAAAUAUAUGAUGUGUUCAUGCUUUCAUAUUAAUUCAAUUUACAUCAGUUUUUACUGCUGAU